GGGGGCGGGAGCAGCACGCCGUGCCCAUCGUGAGGGGACGCGGCCGCCAUGGCGGCCCCUGAGGUGGCGGCGGCGCUCGGGAGCGGCCCCGGGGCGAGCGGAGCGGAGCUGCCCGAGCCGCUGGGGCUGCUGGAGCUCUGCGGGGCCUGCAGGCAGCGGCUGAGCCCGCAGCGGAAACCGAGGCUGCUGCCGUGCCUGCACUCCGUGUGCCGGGGCUGCAUCGGCAGCGAGCAUGGGGACAAGAACGCGUUCGAGUGCCCCGUGUGCCACCAGCAGUGUCCCCUGGGUGACAUCAUGGACAACCUGUUCCUGCAGCCCAUCGCCAGCAGCCAGAGCUGCACCAGCUGCGAGGACAACGCCAGCGCCACCAGCUUCUGCCUGGAGUGCUCGGAGCCGCUGUGCGAGACCUGCGUGGGGGCGCACCUGAGGGUCAGGUACACCCGGGAGCACCGGGUGGAACCUUUGAGCUCUCCAUCCGAUCCCAGCGAUCCCGUUGAUCCCAUGGAUCCCAACGAUCCCAUUGAUCCCGGUGAUCCGGCCCCGGCGCUGUCCUGGUGCCGCUCGCACCCCCGGCAGCCGCUGUCGCUGUUCUGCAGCUCCUGCGAGAGCCUGACCUGCGGGGAGUGCCACAGGAGAGAGCACCGGCACCACCCCGGGAGUGCCACCGGAGGGAGCACCGGCACCACCCGUGCCAUCGUCUCGGAGCCGCCCCUCCCCCCCUCGCGGAGCCCCGCCCACGGCCCCUCCCCCACCAAGCAGGCUGUCCCCGCGCCCCCGGAGCUGCUCCUGCAGGGCCCCCCCCGGCUGUCACCUCCCCCCCAGGUGUCACCUCCCCCCCGGAUGUCACCUCCCCCCCUGGAGCCCGCGGCCACCCCCAGCCCCCAGCGCGCCUCCAGCCCUGAGAACGGCGCCACCGCAGGCAGCGCGAGGCUCCCCGGCCGUUCCCCCCGGGAGGAGAAGCUCGUUAAGAAGCUGCUCAUUAAACGGAGGGGCCCCCCCUCAGUGUGGGGCAGCCCCCCCCGGCUCCCCAAGCAGCCGCGGGUGAGCCUGGAGCGCCUGGAGCUGGACCUGGAGCUGGACCCGGCGCAGCCGCCCGUGUUCCGCAUCUUCCCGGGGCCCUCGGCGCACGAGUUCAGCCUCAUCGUCAUCGAGCAGGGCACGCCGGGGACACCGGGGACACCGGGGACAGACGGGAAUGAGGGGACACCGGGGACAGAAGGGACGGCAGGGACGGUGCAGCCGCACGGAGCGCUGCUGGUCAAGGAGGAGCAGCAGGAGUCGCCCAUCGGUGACACCGGUGACAUUGGGGACACCAAACCCGUGGGGCUGCUGCCCCCUGCCCUGGGUGACCCGGGCCCUGUCCCCGGUGUCCCCGGGGGUGUCCCCGUGGGUGUCCCCGUGGGUGUCCCCGGGGGUGUCCCCGGUGUCUCGUGCUGCCGCGUGUGCGGCCAGGCCGGGGCCGUGGUGAUGUGUGACCGCUGCCAGCGCUGCUUCCACCUGCACUGCCACCUGCCCGCGCUGCACGACGUGCCCAGCCCCGAGUGGACGUGUUUGCUGUGCCAGGAGCUGCCCCCUCCCGUGCCGGAGCCGGAGCCGGAUCCUGAGCAGGGCCCCCCGGUGAAGCUGAGCCCCCAGGACCAGCAGCGCUGCGAGUUCGUGCUGCUGGAGCUGCUGUGCCACGAGCCCUGCCGGCCCCUGCAGCGCCUCUGCAGCUCCACCGACGGCGCGGGCGCCAUGGACCUGACGCUGAUGCGGGCGCGGCUGCAGGAGAAGCUGAGCCCGGCGUACCGCAGCCCGCAGGAGUUCGCGCGCGACGGCUGGGCCCUGCUGCGCCAGUUCCACCGCCUCACCGAGGACAAGGCCGAUGUGCAGUCCAUCCUGGAGCUGCAGCGUUUCCUCGAGCGCCGCCUCAGCGCCGCCUUCGGGGACCAGAAAUUCUCCCGGAUGCUGCUGGAGCCCGAGGAGAGCCUGGAGGGGCCAGCGGGGACCUGAGCGAGGAUUCUGGGGGGACAAAACCCUCACAGCACCCCAAAAUCCAUCACAGGACCCCAAAAUACCCUCACAGCACCCCAAAAUCCAUCACAGCACCCAAAAUACCCCCACAGCACCCCAAAAUCCAUCACAGGACCCUGAAUUUAACUCCUAGAACCCCAGUUUCCCUCACAGAACCCCAAAUUCCCCUCACAGGACCUCAGUUCCCCUCACAGCACCCCAAAUUCCCUCACAAAACCCCCAAUUCCCUCACAGCACCCCAAAUUCCUCUUUUAGGACUCCAAUUUCCCUCACAAGACCCCGAAUUUAACUCACAACACCCCAAAUUCCCUCACAAAACCCCAAUUUCCCCUUUCAGAAUGCAAAUUUCCUGUUCUACGACCCCAAUUUCCCUCACAGCACCCCAAAUUCCAUCUCAGGACCCCGAAUUUAACUCCUAGAACCCCAAUUUCCCUCCCAGGACCCCAAUUCCCCUCACAACACCCCAAAAUCCCCUCACAGCACCCCAAAUUCCCUCACAGGACCCCAAAUUCCCCUCACAGAACCCCAAUUUCCCUCCCAGGACCCCAAAUUUACCUCCUACAACCCCAAAUUCCCUCUCAGGACCCCAAAUCCCCUCACAGCACCCCAAAUUCCUCUUUUAGGACCCCGAUUUCCCUCACAAGACCCUGAAUUUAACUUCUAGAACCCCAGUUCCCCUCACAGAACCCCAAAUUCCCUCACAACAUCCCAAAACCCCUUCACAGCACCCCAAAUUCCUCACCCACACCCCAAAUUCCUCUUUUAGGACCCCAAAUUCCCUCACAGAACCGCAAAUUUACCUCACAGCACCCCAAAUCCCCUCCCAGAACCCCAAAUUCCCUCACAACACCCCAAAUUCCCUCUCAGGACCCCGAAUUUACCUCCUACAACCCCAAUUUCCCUCACAGAACCCCAAAUUCCCCUCAUAGAAUACCGAAUUCCUCUUUUAGGACCCCAAUUUCUCUCACAAGACCCCAAAUUUAACUCACAACACCCCAAAUUCCCUCACAAAACCCCAAAUUCCCUCACAAAACCCCAAAUUCCCUCUGAGGACCUCAAUUUCCCCUUUCAGAACACAAAUUUCCUGUUCUAGGACCCCAAUUUCCCUCCCAGCACCCCAAAUUCCUCACCCACACCCCAAAAUUCCUCUUUUAGGACCCCAAAUUCCCUCACAGAACCGCAAAUUCCUCACCUAGAACCCAAAAUUCCCUCAGAGGAUCCCAAAUUCCCCUCACAGGACCCCAAAUUCUCUCACAGGACCCCAAUUUCCCUCACAAGACCCCAAAUUUAACUCACAACACCCCAAAUUCCCUCACAAAACCCCAAUUUCCCCUUUCAGAAUGCAAAUUUCCUGUUCUAGGACCCCAAUUUCCCUCACAGCACCCCAAAAUCCCCUCACAGCACCCCAAAUUCCAUCUCAGGACCCCGAAUUUAACUCCUAGAACCCCAAUUUCCCUCCCAGGACCCCAAAUUCCCCUCACAGCACCCCAAAUUCCCUCACAGGACCCCAAAAUCCCCUCACAGAACCCUAAUUUCCCUCACAAGACCCCGAAUUUAACUCCUAGAACCCCAAUUUCCCUCCCAGGACCCCAAAUUUACCUCAUAGCACCCCAAAUUCCCUCUCAGGACCCCAAUUUUCCUCACAGGACCCCAAAUUUAACUCCUACAACCCCAAUUUCCCUCACAGGACACCAAAUUCCCCUCACAACACCCCAAAUUCCUCACCUAGAACCUCAAAUUCCCUUACAGCACCCCAAUUUCCAUCCCAGCACCCCAAAUUCCUUACAGCACCCCAAAUUCCUCACCCAGAACCCCAAAUUUAACUCCCAGCACCCCAAUUUCCCAUUUUUUAGGACCCCAAUUUCCUCUCCCAUGACCCCAAUUUCCCCCACAUGAUUUUUGGCGACCCCCCUCCAGGAUUUGGGGGUGUCCCUGUUCCCCCCUAUCCUGGGGUAAAUAAAGGGGGUUAAAGUUUGGGGUUCUGCCUCA